AUGGAGGGGGUGGAAGGAUUGUUGAAGGAUCUGAAACUUUCGGAGGAGGAGAGGAAGAAGAUCCGGAUCGGAAAGAUUCAGCAACCAGGAGGGGACGAUGGUUUACUAAAAGCUUUCGCUAAACUGUUGUCCGAUAAGGAGGCAAGAGUGGAGACGAUCGAGCAGGCGGUGGGGUGGAUCUGGUGCCCAAUGAAGGGGAUCGAAUGCAAGAGCCUGGGGGAUAACUGCUUCCUGAUCACAUUCCUCCAGACAUCGGGAAAGAGGAGGGCGAUGGAUGAUGGCCCCUGGACGAUCUCCAAGGAAGCGCUGGUGAUGGCGGAUUAUGAUGAAUCAAAAUCCAUAGAUGAGGUGGAAUUCACUACUAUUCCAAUUUGGAUCAGGGUGGCUCGCCUCCCGAUGGGACUGAUGAAAAAAGAGGUGGCGAUUCAGAUUGGAGAGGAACUAGGGGAGUUUAUGGAGGUAGAUUUGGAGAAUGAUGUAUUUGCUGCAGGGAGGUUCUUGCGUGUGAAGGUGAGAAUUGAGAUUGAGAAACCACUGAGACGGGGCAUCAUGAUUGAUGUUGGAGAAGGAGCUCAGGAGAGGUGGUGCCCGAUUACGUAUGAAUUCUUGCCGGACUUCUGCUAUGUGUGUGGAAGAAUUGGCCACACUGACAAAGCAUGUCUGACAAAGCUGGCCGCGGAAGAGCAAGCUCCUUUUGGUAGGGAACUGAGGUAUAUCCCACCAAAAAAGAAGUUUGGAGGAGAGAGCUGGAGGAGCCAGGAGAAUAGAAGAUCUGGGGGAGGUCGUAGUGGAGGUUCGGGCCCUUGGUUCUCGGGUGGUUCGGGUGGUAGAGGUGUUGGAGGAAGAACCCGCAGCGAUGCCCUGUCAUGGAGGAAGGAUGAUAUGGGGGAGAAGACCAGGGGGAAAGGAGACGAGGAGGAGGUAAACAGUCCAUCUAAAAUGGACCUGCCUGCCACGCACGAGAAGGGAGAUAAGGCCAAGAAGUGCCUGGAAGAUGCUCUAGCAGAGAUGAGCCAGGAUGAAAAGGAUGCAGCAGCAGGAGGUAGUGGUAAAAGGGAGGAGAAGGGGCAAAAGAACAAGGAGACGGGAGCAGGAGUAGAGAAGGUUUUGGAGGGGUCUACGAAUAGCUCCAUGCAACUUGAAAAGAGCAACCAGAGGGAAGGGCAGAACUUGCAAACCCAACCAAGAAAGUUUAAGCGCCAGAUGAGGGGAUCCAAAACCUCGGAUGAGCAAUCGGGGGCUGGGGUUGUGAUGGGUAAGCGAAAUGGAAUGGAGACAAUGGAUGUGGAUGAGGAGUCGGAUAGGGGGGGCAAGAAGGCAAGGAACGAGCACUCUGAAAAAGCGGGGCUGCCGGAACAGCUCCGCGGGAACCAAUGA